GAGGAGCUCAGGCAGGCAGCCUCUCUCACACACACACAGAGACAGACGCCACAACCGUGCGACGAGCCCAUCGGGGGGUUUCCCAUUUAUUUCCUGUCCGUCAGAGGGCCAGAACCAGUCAAGUCCUUCGAGAAGCAGGCGGGAGGACGGGGCCACCAAUGUUGGAUGCCUCCACGCGCAUCUCAACCCGCGUUCGUCGAUGGUGGGCAAGCCUACUUUUCGGGAGGCACCUUCGCAGACAUAGACCCUGCAAGCAUGGUGCGUCGCGUGUUCCUUUUGGCUUUAUUGCAGGUGACAGCGCAGUAAAGAGCACUGUCGUCAGGUCAAGCACAAGCACAACGACAUCAUCCAGGUCCCGCCAAGGCUGUUCUCAUCACCUUGCGCUGCUGGGCCGCCCAAGGGACCCCCGUGGAUGUGGAGCAAACGCCAAGGGCCCAAGAAUCCAAGAUGGAUGCGACAGGGACUUCCCCAUGUACUCCGUCGCGGGGCCGCCACUCCAAAGGUACCUCGCUCGCCUGGCCGUCGAACAGCUGGAACGCAGACCCCACACCCCCUUCAUCACCCAUCGACAAGGGGGCCCCCGUCCUCCUCGCGCAUCCUGCUCGUGGUUGGAGAGACAUGGAGGGGAGGAAAACCUCUGUACGUAUGCAGAGGACGAUGGCUGCGCUGCGCUGCGCUGCUCUAGCCUGCUGUUCGCCGCAUGCGACAUUUAUAUACGCCUCGACGUGCGCCUCGUCGCGUCCUCGUCCGCCCUGGUUCCUUCUUCCUCCUCUCGUACCUCUUGACCAUCCUUUUUUCCCCCUUCAACACCCUCAUCCUCCUCUCCCUCCUCCCUCCCCUAGCUGUACUUGGGAGCUCCCUGUCCUGGUAGAGCUCGCACGCACGUUCAACACCACAAACAGACGAGAAGGCGUGAGAAAGAAGUGACCAUCGCUGUCACGACACGUUAUUCGUCAUGUCGUCCCCAGAGGCGGAAAAGAAACAACGCCGACGGUCUUCAGCGUCGCUUGAAC